AUGGAAGAAGUAAAUAAGAAAAAUAAUCAUAAAAUCGGUUCAAUUACGGUCAUAACUGGAAACAUGUUUUCCGGUAAAACUGGCUUACUAAUUGCUAAAUAUAACCAAAGUAAAAACUAUCGCAAAUGUUUAGUUUUUAAGCCAGUUUUGGAUAACCGAUACAGUGAAACCGAAAUAGUUUCGCACGAUAAGGAUAAAAUUAAGGCUAUUCCCAUUAAUAGUAUUCAGGAUAUUGAAAGGUAUAAAGACCAAGGAGAAAAUAUUUAUAUCGAUGAAAUUCAUUUCUUUAAAGAGGAUGUCAAUACUUAUUUAAAUAACUUGGCUAAUCAAAAUAAAGAAAUAGUGGUGGCAGGUGGUAGUGAAAAAUAUGGUUCUUAUUGCCGUUUUCACUAUAAGCCAGUAAGCAAAACAACUCCGAAUAAAAACAAAAAUAGUCUAAUUAUCAUUGCUGGUGGUAGCGGUACUGGUAAAACAACUGUCGAAGCCUUAUUGAGCCAGGACCCGAAUAUUACUAAACUGAUUUCCACUACUACUCGUCCCAAGCGAGAAGGAGAAGAACACGGCAAAGAUUAUUAUUUUAUUAGCAAAGAAGAAUUCGAGACCGAAUUAGAAAAAGGUCGGUUUUUGGAACAUGUCAUCUAUGAUGGUAAUUAUUACGGAGUUCAUGGCAAAGUAAUAGACCUAGUUUUAGGAACCCAAAGGAAAAAUGGAGUAAUUAUUGUGGAUGUAGAGGGUUUUCGGCAAAUUAAAAAAUACUGUCAAGAAAAAGGAUAUAAUGCGAUUUCUUAUUGGUUUAAAUCAGAAAGCAUGGAAAAAAUGGUCGAGCAUAUGAAAAAAAGAGGCACCAGUGAGCCAGAAAUUAUUAGGAGGUUAAUUAUUGAAGAAAAGGAAGGAAAAUUUUCCUCGGAGUUUGAUUACAUUUUAACAGUCAAAGAAGGCGGUUUAGCCGAAGCAGUCCAAGAAAUUAAAGAAAAAUUAAAAAAUUAUGAAGUGAGUUAA